ACGGCAGCCUUCCGGUGGUGGGAAAGUGAACCAAGCCAGAAUCAAAGCGGCGCAUCCUGAGGCAGGUGGGGGUGACUGUGGAAGAGGGAAGGCAGGCGACUGGCUAGGGCUUGGCUUGGGAGGCCGGCGGAGCAGCAACUUCAAAAACAGGCAGCGGCAGAGAGGGAAUGGUGCCGGGAGGCGCCGAGGAGGCGCAGUCCGUCCCUCUCAGGGUUAGUGAAUGAAGCUCUCCGCCCGGGCCGGCCCGGGGAUUCUGCGCUGCGGGUCCCAAGCAUGAGUGCGGGCCCCGGCUGUGAGCCCUGCACCAAGCGACCCCGCUGGGGCGCCGCUGCAACUUCUCCGCCGGCCGCCUCGGACGCCCGGAGCUUCCCCGGCAGGCAGAGGCGCGUCCUCGGUUCCAAGGACGCUCCCGUGCAGUUCAGGGUCCUACCGUCCUCGUCAGGCUGCGUCCCGGGGCGGGCGGGACCGCACAGAGGCAGCUCCACCUCGCUUGUUUUCAAACAAAAGACUAUUACCAGUUGGAUGGACACUAAAGGAAUCAAGACAACUGAAUCAGAAAGUUUGCAUAGUAAAGAAAACAACAAUACAAGAGUGGAAUCCAUGAUGAGUUCUGUACAAAAAGAUAACUUUUAUCAACAUAAUAUGGAAAAAUUAGAAAAUGUUUCUCAGCUAAGUCUUGAUAAAUCACCUGUUGAAAAAAGUACACAAUAUUUGAACCAGCAUCAGACUGCAGCUAUGUGUAAGUGGCAAAAUGAAGGGAAACAUACAGAGCGUCUUUUAGAAAGUGAACCUUCAACAGUAACUCUGGUACCGGAGCGGUUCAGUAAUGCUAAUGUUGAUCAGUCACCCCGAAAUGAUGAUCGCAGUGACACAGAUAGUGAGGGAAGUAGAGAUAACCAACAGUUUUUGACACCUGUGAAGUUUACAAGUGCAAAGCAGACCACAGAAGGUGAACAGGCUAGAGAAGCCAGAAGCCACCAGAAGUGCAGCAAGUCUUGCCAUCCUGUAGAAGAUUGUGCAGGUUGUCAGCAGGAAGAGAUAGAUGUGGUGCCAGAGAGUCCCUUGUCGGACAUCGGCUCUGAGGAUGUUGGUACUGAACUGAAAAAUGCCAACAAAUUGAGUAGACAAGAAAGUAGUUUGGAAAAUUCUCCUCCCUUUGAGAAAGAAAGUGAACCUGAGUCACCAAUGGAUGUGGAUAAUUCCAAAAAUAGUUGUCAGGACUCAGAAGCAGAUGAAGAGACAAGUCCGGGUUUUGAUGAGCAAGAAGAUAGCAAUUCCUCCCAAACAGCAAGUAAACCUUCAAGGUUCCAAGCAAGAGAAGCUGACACUGAAUUGAGGAAACAGUCCUCUUCUAAAGGAGGUGAAAUUCGAUUACAUUUUCAAUUUGAAGGAGGAGAGACUCGGAGUGGAAUGAAUGAUUUAAAUGCCAAACCACCUGGAAGUACUUCUAGCCUGAAUGUAGAAUGCAGGAAUUCCAAGCAACAUGGGAAAAAGGAUUCUAAAAUCACAGAUCAUUUCAUGAGAAUGCCCAAAGCAGAGGACAAAAGAAAAGAACAGUGUGAAAUCAAGCAUCAAAGAACAGAAAGGAAGAUACCUAAAUACAUUCCACCUCACCUUUCUCCAGAUAAGAAAUGGCUUGGAACUCCUAUUGAGGAGAUGAGAAGAAUGCCUAGGUGUGGGAUCCGGCUGCCUCUCUUGAGACCAUCUGCCAAUCACACAGUAACUAUUCGGGUAGACCUUUUGCGAGCUGGAGAAGUUCCUAAACCUUUUCCUACACAUUUUAAAGAUUUGUGGGACAACAAGCAUGUUAAGAUGCCUUGUUCAGAACAAAACUUGUACCCUGUGGAAGAUGAAAAUGGUGAGCGAACUGCAGGGAGCCGAUGGGAGCUCAUUCAGACUGCACUUCUCAACAAAUUCACACGCCCCCAAAACCUGAAGGAUGCUAUUCUGAAAUACAAUGUGGCAUAUUCUAAGAAAUGGGACUUUACAGCUUUGGUUGAUUUCUGGGAUAAGGUACUUGAAGAAGCAGAAGCUCAACAUUUAUAUCAGUCCAUUUUGCCUGAUAUGGUGAAAACUGCACUCUGUCUGCCAAAUAUUUGCACCCAGCCAAUACCACUCCUGAAACAGAAGAUGAAUCAUUCCAUCACAAUGUCACAGGAACAGAUUGCCAGUCUUUUAGCUAAUGCUUUCUUCUGCACAUUUCCACGACGAAAUGCUAAGAUGAAAUCCGAGUAUUCUAGCUACCCAGACAUUAACUUCAAUCGGUUGUUUGAAGGACGUUCAUCAAGGAAACCAGAGAAGCUUAAAACACUUUUCUGCUACUUUAGAAGAGUCACAGAGAAAAAACCUACUGGCUUGGUGACAUUUACAAGACAGAGUCUUGAAGAUUUUCCAGAGUGGGAAAGGUGUGAAAAACCCCUGACUCGAUUACAUGUCACUUAUGAAGGUACCAUAGAAGGAAAUGGUCAAGGCAUGCUACAGGUGGAUUUUGCAAACCGUUUUGUUGGAGGUGGUGUAACCGGUGCAGGACUUGUGCAAGAAGAAAUCCGCUUUUUAAUCAACCCCGAGUUAAUUGUUUCACGGCUCUUCACUGAGGUGCUGGAUCACAAUGAAUGUCUUAUCAUUACAGGUACGGAACAGUACAGCGAAUACACAGGCUAUGCUGAAACGUAUCGUUGGGCCCGAAGCCAUGAAGAUGGGAGUGAAAGGGAUGCCUGGCAGCGGCGUGGCACUGAAAUCGUCGCCAUCGAUGCCCUUCACUUCAGACGCUACCUCGACCAGUUUGUGCCUGAGAAAAUCAGACGCGAGCUUAACAAGGCUUACUGUGGAUUUCUCCGUCCUGGAGUUUCUUCAGAGAAUCUUUCUGCAGUGGCCACAGGAAAUUGGGGUUGUGGUGCCUUUGGUGGUGAUGCUAGAUUAAAAGCCUUAAUACAGAUACUGGCAGCUGCUGUAGCUGAGCGUGAUGUGGUUUAUUUCACCUUUGGGGACUCAGAAUUGAUGAGAGACAUUUACAGCAUGCACACUUUCCUUACAGAAAGGAAACUAACUGUUGGAGAAGUAUAUAAGCUGUUGCUCCGGUAUUACAAUGAAGAAUGCAGAAACUGUUCCACCCCCGGACCAGACAUCAAGCUUUAUCCAUUCAUAUACCAUGCUGUUGAGUCCUGUGCAGAGACCACCAACCAGCCAGGACAAAGGACUGGGGCCUGAGGAGCUGAGUAAAUAGAAUCUCCUUCCACCUCUCACCAGAAACAUCCUGUUUGACUUGUCAGGUGUAAUAUACGAACUGACUUAACUUAAUAUAAACGUGUAUAUAAUCCAGUUUGUGGGCAAGGAUGCAAUCCCUUCCACACACAGGCAGUUGUCAGUUUGUACAUGUAAGCCCCCUCCAUCCUGACUUACACAGGGUUAGAUAUAUUUUGUUUGCAUUUUUUCUAUUUCAGUCUUCAUUCUUCGGUUUUUCUUUCUUUUGCCCAUCAGAUUUCCUGUGAAAUCCCAUGAAAGGUUGUGCUCAGCCUGUCAGGUCUCUUUUUUGAUGCCUAUAUAUUAUGCACAUUGCCUCUGCAGCUAGCAGAUGCCAGGGAUGCCAGGGAAGAAGUUGAAAACCAAGAACUUUUUUUUUUGAAAACCAAGAACUUUUUAACUGGGUUUGCUAAAGAUUUCCCUGUAAGCCUUUCACCCCCAGCUCUUGUUAUGAUUGUGUUGUUUGAGUUUUUGAAUUUUGAAAAUGAAGAGGAUUUUUUUCCUACAUGAUACUUACUGCAAAUCUCCUAGGUUAAAAUGAUUUUGUAUUUCAGACAAAAUAAUUUCCAGAUACAGUUCUUUUGAGACAGCUCCUUGAUCUAUAAUGGUUUGUCAGUCCUUUCUUCCCCGAUCAAUGUUUAUUAAUACUGUUUUUGGAAACCAACCAAGGUGGAAGGAAAUGUACAAUAAAAGUUUCCCCAAAUGGUAUUUAAAAAAAAAAAAAAGGAAAAGAUGCAAGAGAGUUGCAGGAUUUUUCAUUUCUUGGAAUUUUUUUUUCUUCUUAAAUAGAAUUAUUGUUUGUUCUAUGGUGCUUGAGGCAUAUUCAUAUAACCAAAGUUUAGGAACUGGGAACUCAUGCUGAUUUGUACAUAUUGAAGCUUCUCUGGUAUUCAAAGGUUAUAUAGUUAAUAAAUUUUCAUUAACAAAUCAUUUGUCAGAAACUCCCAUGUCAUCUAUAUAUUUUUUUAUAUAUAUAUAUAAAUAUAUGUUCCUUAAGUGUGUCUGUGUGCAAGCACAUAAAAUCCAAAUAAAACUGGAGUUACAAAGAACUAUUAGGUUUAGGCUUAAUCAGGGGCUCUGUUUAAAAUCAUUUAUUUAUAAUUGUGUUCAUUUAAAACUGGCAGCAAACAUAAAUGUCUUUCGGAGUUUAAAAUGAAUGCUGAUUCUGCAUUAAUUGAGAGUAGAGUUUAGUUGUGAAGCAUUUAUUCAUAUUUCUAAAAUAAUCCCAAACUAUACUGUUAAAGCUCUAGUUUAUAGUCAACUGUCAGAAAGUGCUACUGGAGGUCAAAUUCUAGUAAUAAGAAAUUUUGGUAGAUGGUCAAAUUCCUGGUGUCAGUAUUGGCAGGGAAAAAUGGGGCCGUGGCCAAUGUCUGCAGCUCUUUAGAAAUUGAGAGGUUAAUGGAAUUUGGCACCUGAUGGCAGCCACUUGUGAUUAACGAAGUUCUUUACCAUAGUAACUAAGAUUUUUAAUCAUCUCCCUAAAUCCAAGGUGUCUGGCUUUAUUUCUACUGAUACUAAAGUCUUCUCUUCCCCAUCCCAACCCAUUCUGAGCUUUGGUUAAGCAUUCAUGGUUAUAUUUCAUUUCUUUUUUCUGUUUCCAUAUCUUUCCCUCUUACCCAGCCCCAGGACUAAGUGAACAGUUGUUUAAAACAUUACAUGAACAGUAUAGAAUGGUUCGUGUGGUAGAGAAGUCAUUAAAUCCAGGUAAGAAGACCACCCAGCCUAAUAUUCCAGAACAUAGAAUCUAAGACUGAACUCUUAGUGCUGAACAGGCUUAGUGGCUGGGCCAUCUACCUGAGUGCCUCUCUCUUUUGAGGGUUUUCCAAGAAUAAAUCCUGCCUACUUUGUCCCAGUACAUUCCAGGAUUGGGACAAUUUAAUCAGAUGGAACAUAAAGAGAACUAAUGUCCGUUUUUUGAGGCAGGAGGGAUGCCGUCUGUAAAAAGAGGAAAAAAUCAGAUAUCUAAUAUUUAUCUAGUCUAAAACAUUUAACAGCAUCUUUUUAUUCCCUUCCAUUAGGGGUUUAUUGUUUCAUUUCAUGUUGUUUUUUCAUCUGUUGAGGCAUGAAACAAUAUUUUAGUUUAGAAUUCUUAGGUGGUUAAUACAGCUCACUUGCUUUAGACUUUCUGUCUAGCUCACUCAAAUGCCGUAACAGUUUAAGGAAGUAAUGUGGAGUAAUGGAAAGUAUGAGAUUUUAAAUCAGGGGCGCCUGGGUGGCAGCGUUGUUAGGCGUCUGCCUACGGCUCAGGGCGUGAUCCUGGCGUUAUGGGAUGGAGCCCCACAUCAGGCUCUUCCGCUGUGAGCCUGCUUCUUCCUCUCCCACUCCCCCUGUUUGUGUUACCGCUCUCGCUGUCUCUAUCUCUGGCAAUAAAUAAAUAAAUCUUUAAAAAAAAAAAAGAUUUUAAAUCAGACAAACUGGGUUCAAAUGCUAGCCACAUCCCUUGCUAAUUCUCUAAAUAAACUGAAUUUCUGAGCCUUAUUUAACUCAUCUAGAAAACAGGCUAUUAGCACUUAUUAGGAAAUACUAUACAUAAAGAAGUGCUUAUGGGGUCUGGCACAUAGUUGGUGCUCAAUAAAUGUCAACUAUUGUAAUUGACCUGGAAACAUUUAUGGAGCAACUACUGUAUAUUAGGUUACUGUACUAGAUACUUUGCAUAUUUUAGCCCAUUUUUCCAAUGGGCUAACAGAUGCCCAGAGGUUAGGUAAUACCAUCUGAACCUCCAGAAAUUCAUUGUAAAAGGAGACUUAUUCUAUCAUCUCUGGAGGAGACCUGAUAGAGCAAAGGCUCUGACACUGUUGUUCUCUACCUGGUUCCUACUAUAAGUUAUUCUUCAUAAUGAAUGACUAGUUAUCAGCGGGCUACAUUAAAAUGUCUCUGAGAGAAUUAUUUCUUUUCUUGCUGGUUGAAGUGACAUUAAGGGCAGGCAGACCCAAAUUGGUCUUAAAGGGGAGAUUGAAAAGGAUAUCUAACUAGGCUUCAUGACUGCUAUACCAGGUAUUUAACCAAUAUUUAUUGCUUUGGAAACUGAAUAUUGAUUAAAAUGUCCCAAUGCAAGAAUAUGAUGGAGCAAAGAAGUGGCUGGGUUGCGUCCUUUAAAACUUCAACAGGAAGAGAAGCAGUUGUGUACAGAUUCUCACCUGUUGUUUUUUUUUUUCCCUGUCCUUUCCAAUCUGUGUGGCUGCAUGUUCAUGACUUUUUUCUGAUGUAAGGAAAACCUGAAUCAUAGUAUGUCUGCUUUAAAGAGAAGUCCUGUACUUUCUUCAUUUAACCUUGUGGAUCUGCCCCAAUCCUUUGUUUUUGGAGGUAAGGGAAAGACCAGCCAUUGCUGGCACUUGCGCUCAAAUAUUUAAUCCUGUUCUUGUUUGGGGGCUAUAAGAGGGCCCCAGUAUGAUACUUAUGGAACAAACUGCUAAAAUCCACUGACCCACUGCUGUUCUCUGUGCCUGUGACAGAGUGCCCUUUGUCCCCCGUCAUCAGAUUUCCACACAGAUCUGCUGAGCCUCCAGAGCAGAAGGUUUCCCAUGCAAGACAGCCAAAACUGCUAUGUCCAUCCAAUAACUGGUUUUAUUUUUCCUGUUUAUUUUAAAUGUAGGAUUACCAUCUUAUGACAGUUUUGAACUUGGGGAUAAGGAGAGGUCUAUGCUAAUGUUUACAUGAUUUAUGCGGGAUAACAAUAAAGAAAUUCUAAUUCCCUUGUC